AUGUUUAAUAUGAUUAGUGCCAUUUACCUGCUCUGUAAGAUCAUAUUUGCCAUUAUCGUACCACCAUUAGGUGUUUUCUUGGAAAGAGGAUGUGCAGCAGACUUCUGGAUUAACAUUCUAUUAACCAUUUUAGGUUAUAUACCAGGUAUUAUCCAUGCACUUUACAUAAUUUUGAAGUAUUAAGCUUAAAUUACUUUUUUUUCAUAGUUGAUCUUCUUCCUUGACCCCUUCUUUGGUGGUGAUUUACCCCUUCUUUUCCUUGCAUCUACAUCUAACAACCUCUGUUUCUCUUUGCUUGUUACAAAGUUUGAAGGUAAAUUAUUCAGUUGUUUAAAUAAACGUAAAUCUGGAGUUUUUGGGUAAUAUUCUAAA